CCAUUUGGCGGUCCAUUUUGGGGAUGUUUAGUAAUGUUUACGACCAAAGAGCCUAGUGAUUCAGAGGUUCUGUCGAUUUCGCUGGAAGCUUUAGCGAUAGGUAGUUGACUUGUUGUUAGCUGCGAGCGGCUAGCCGUUAGCUUCCCGCUGCCAUUUGCCUCUCAAGCUCGGUUUUGUUUGGUUACUGUUAGCAGCAAGAUGGCGGCUUCCAUCUCAGCAAACGGGGCUGCUCCGCAUAUUUAAACGCAGCCAUUGCGUUUCCACAAAUGCUCUGUCGUACGCCUGAAUGUCGCCACCACCACAAGAAACUGGCCUGGAUCGGGAUAUGUUCGUUUGUUUCAUUUUGUUCCCGUGAGCCCGCAGCGACCGGCGGCUAUGUUCACUUCCUGACCGCUCUCUCCUGUUCACCGGCAGAAAAUGGCGGACUGGCCGCAGCACUCGCUAUGCUAGUCAACAGCACAGUGGAACCAUUACAAAUUACAGAACUGAGUGAGGGCGUUUGUUUCAGCGGUGCACUGCAGUUCCUUAAUCUGUCAGAAAUAUUCCAUGGUUAAUAUUAGUGACAGCUAACUGAAUGUUUACCAUCAGCGCCUAGUUAGUACCUAGCAUCCUCGCAUCGAAUUAGCCGGCUAGUUAGCGGGCUAAUGCUAAGCUAGUUGCGGACGGAGCCUCUUUGGCAAACAUUUCGUUUGGUGUCCCCCCGACAAGGAUUAUUAGUGCCGGACUCUGACAGAAGGGACAUGGAAGGUCAGCCUGUGGUGCUCCAGCCUCGCUGGAAGCGCGUCCUGGGCUGGAGCGGUCCUGUGCCGAGGCCCCGUCACGGACAUCGGGCCGUCGCCAUCAAGGAGCUCAUGGUGGUGUUUGGUGGUGGUAAUGAAGGCAUCGUGGACGAGCUGCACGUCUAUAACACAGCUACCAACCAGUGGUUCAUCCCUGCCGUCCGAGGCGAUGUCCCACCUGGUUGUGCCGCUUACGGAUUUGUGUGUGAUGGCACAAGGCUACUGGUGUUUGGAGGAAUGGUGGAAUAUGGAAAAUAUAGCAACGACCUGUACGAGUUGCAGGCCAGUCGCUGGGAGUGGAAGCGUCUGAAAGCGAAAGCUCCGAAGAACAACCCGCUACCCUGCCCCCGCCUUGGUCAUAGCUUCUCUCUGAUUGGCAGUCGGUGCUUCCUGUUUGGAGGACUGGCCAAUGACAGCGAGGACCCCAAGAACAACAUUCCCAGGUACCUGAAUGACCUGUACUGUCUGGAGCUGCGUCAGGGCUCCAGUGUGGUCAGCUGGGACCUUCCGGUGACAUCUGGGCAGCCGCCGCCGCCCAGAGAGAGCCACACUGCAGUGGUGGCGAGCGGCCGCGGAGGCAACCGUCUGGUCAUCUACGGCGGGAUGAGUGGCUGCCGGCUGGGCGACCUGUGGAUACUCGACAUUGACUCGCUCGUCUGGAGCAAACCAACCCUCAGUGGUACCGCCCCCCUCCCGCGCAGCUUGCACUCCGCCACUGCCAUCCACAACAAGAUGUACGUGUUUGGAGGAUGGGUUCCUCUGGUGAUGGACGACGUCAAAGUGGCGACACACGAGAAGGAGUGGAAGUGCACCAACACACUGGCCUGCCUCAACCUAGACACACUUUCCUGGGAGACGGUGCAGAUGGACAGUGUGGAGGAGAACAUCCCUCGAGCUCGCGCGGGCCACUGCAGCGUAGCCAUCAACUCCAGACUUUACAUCUGGAGUGGGAGAGAUGGAUACAGGAAGGCCUGGAACAACCAGGUGUGCUGCAAGGAUCUGUGGUACCUAGAGACACAGCGUCCCAGCGCACCGUCGCGGGUGCAGCUGGUACGAGCCAACACGUCAUCUCUGGAGGUGAGCUGGGGGCCAUCGCAAACUGCAGACACCUACCUGCUACAGAUACAGAAGUAUGACAUUCCCACCACGCCUGCGGUAACCCCAACCGCCUCUGCCUCCACCGCUACUGCUGGAGCCAUCUCGCCCAAGAGCCCUGUCUCCGUUGCAGCCAGUCCCACUAUCAAAACCCCUCAGCUGUCUGGCGUCACAUUGGUUCCCUCCCUCACAGCAGCCACAUCUGCAAGCCCAUUGGCUGCUGGUGCUAAAGGGCCAGCAGUCCUCAAGGUGGCCACACAAGGAUCCCCAGGUGGCACCUCUAUCGUCACAGUGCGCCAGGCCACGCCCAAGUCCCCCGUCGCUGCGACGACGCUUCCUGCAGGUGUUCGCAUGAUGGUGCCUGCACCAGCCGGACAGACCACACCAAUAGGCAGCAGUCCUCAGAUGAGUGGCAUGGCGGCGCUGGCAGCGGCAGCUGCAGCUACCCGUAAGAUCCCCCCCGCCACAGCAACUGUGCUCAAUGUGCCUGCAGGGGCCACCAUUGUCAAGACUGUGGCAGUCACUCCGGGAUCUGUUAGCCUUCCAGUCACCAUGGUCAGCAACUCAGCGACUCGCAUCCUGAAAACGGCUGCUGCUCAAGUCGGCGGGGCCACUGUUGUCUCUGCCCCCGGCACCUCCAGCCGACCAAUCAUCACGGUGCAUAAAUCUGGAACAGUGACCGUCUCCCCCCAGACUCAGGUGGUCACCACGGUGGUGGGCGGCGUCACCAAGACGUACACGCUGGUGAACAGCCCACUCGGGGUGGGAGCUGGCGGUGCUCUGAUCAGCAACUUGGGCAAGGUGAUGUCUGUGGUGCAGACCAAACCUGCGCACAGUGUCACGGUUGCUGGUCAGAGCGCGAGCAGCUCAGUCGCUCAGAUCCUGCAGACAAAGGGUGCCCUCCCUGCGGGAACGAUCUUGAAGCUGGUUACCUCUGCAGAUGGCAAACAGACCACUGUGCUCAGCAGCCCACAGGCUGGCUCCAUGGUAACCAAACCCGGUACCACCAUCAUCAAGACUAUCCCUGUGUCGGCGCUGCAGGGUGGGGCAGGUGGCAACUGUCCAAUCACAAUCCUCACUACCAAGGUGAUGACACCUGGCACUACAGGAAAAAUCAUCACCACAGUCCCCAAAAUCUCAGCAGGCCAGCCGGGUGUCACACAGGUCGUGUUGAAGGGGGCUCCAGGGGCGGCAAGUACCAUCCUCAGGACUGUCCCAAAGGGUGGAGUCAGACUAGUGUCGCCAAGCAUCACCGGCACCAAGCCCGCCGUCACCACGUUGGUUGUUAAGGCGACGACAAGUGUGUCCAGUCUGGGGACAAUAACAGCAAGUGUGUCCUCUGCGGUGGCAGGAGCGGCGCCCAACAUCAGUGCCUCCCUGGCCACGCCCAUCACCACUCUGGCCACCAUCACCACGCUCACCAACCAGGUCACCUCUGUAACAGCUGCUGCUUCUGGACCCAAGCAGGUGACACUGAUCACAACUCCAAGUGGCGCAGAAUCCCAGCCACUGGUCCAGGAUCUGCCCGUCUCCAUCAUGGCCUCUCCAACCUCGGAGGAACCAGGAAGUACGACGAGCACGCUAACGAGCAGCAAUGCGGAGGGCGAGAAGGGAGACGCCGCAGCCGCUGUGACCCUGGUCUGCUCCAACCCGCCCUGCGAGACGCACGAGACCGGAACCACCAACACCGCCACUGUGGCAACGGCUGGGACGAGUCAGAUGCUGCAGGUCUGUUCCAAUCCACCAUGUGAAACCCACGAGACCGGAACCACAAACACUGCCACCACAGCAGGAGCAGGAGGGCUGACACAGGUGUGCUCGAAUCCACCAUGCGAGACCCACGAGACCGGAACCACAAACACUGCCACCACAGUCGGAGCAGGAGGACUGCCACAGGUGUGCUCCAAUCCGCCGUGUGAGACCCAUGAGACUGGAACCACCAACACCGCCACCACGGCAACAGCUCAGCAGGGUGGCGAGAUUGCACAGGGAGAAUCCACAGACCCUGCCUCCUCCUCCUCAUCCUCUGAGCCUGCUCCCUCUGCCACCAUCAGCCAGGGCAGAGCCAUUACCAUGGUUACACAGGCUACGCCCACACCUGGACCUUCCAUACCUGAAAUCUCAUCAUUGGUCAGAGAGGAUGUGGUCAAGGCUGAGGGGGAUAGCAUUGCUGUGGUGAUGGCUGCUGCAGAGGAGCCCAUGCAAACGGAGAGCCAAUCAGAGGAUGUGAUGUCCUCAUCAGCGGCGUUGUUGCAGGGCAGUGAGGCUGCACAGAUGGCGUCCACUGACACGCCUCCUCAGGAGCUGAUGUCAUCAGAAGGGGGCAGUAGCGAGAUGGACUCUGGAACAACAACACUGAUGGUGACAGCUGAUCAGCUGGCUGUUUCCACGACAACAGACGAGACUCAGCAUGCAACUAUACAAGCUGUCCUACAAGCAGCGGGACACAUCGGUGACGCGGAGUCCAUUCCUAUCGUGUUGACCCAGCAGGAGCUUGCUGCUCUAGUUCAACAGCAGCAGCAGCUGCAGGAUGUGCACGACCAAGCAGAGGAGGAGACGGAGCCUGGUACCGUGCCCACAGAGGGGCUCGCUCCAGCAGACAGCCUCAACGACCCAACAGCGGAGAGCAACGGCCCUGAGGUGACAUCAUCGGCUGUGACCAGCGCCGUGGCCCGAUUGGCCAGCACCUUUGGCCCAGCGCCUCCCCUGACAGCCAGCACUGGGAAAGCUGAAGCCGCCGCUACACUCUGUGAUGUGUCCAACGGCAUCGGAGCAAAUGUUGCGAAACAUGGUGUCCUGGAGACAAAGACGUCGACCAAAGAGAACCAGUGGUUUGAUGUGGGGAUCGUCAGGGUGACCAACAUGGUGGUCUCUCACUACUACAUCCCUGAUGAUGAUGUCACCAUAGACCAUGACUCAGGCGUGGCACCAGACUACAGUCGGAUGAGGAAGGUGGAGCUUCAGCCGGGGACAGCAUACAAAUUCCGGGUGGCUGGAAUCAACAUCUGUGGCCGCGGAGCAUUUUCCGAGGUGUCUGCAUUUAAAACAUGUCUGCCCGGUUUCCCAGGAGCACCAUGCGCUAUCAAGAUCAGCAAGAACGUGGGUGGAGCUCAGCUCACAUGGGAGCCUCCCGCCGUCACAUCAGGGAAGAUCACUGAAUAUUCUGUGUACCUGGCCAUCCAGUCCAGCCAGGCCAGCACCGCCUCGGGGUCUGGUCCGGCCCAGCUGGCCUUCAUGAGGGUGUACUUUGGCCCCAAUCCAUCCUGCCUGGUUCAGACAUCCAGCCUCACCAACGCCCACAUCGACCACACCACGAAGCCUGCCAUCAUCUUCCGCAUCGCCGCUCGCAACCAGAAGGGCUACGGGCCGGCCACACAGGUCCGGUGGCUUCAAGAAACCAGCAAAGACACCAAAGGAACCGGCAAGCGACUGGCUGCAUCUCCUGAUGUUAAACCUGGUGGACCAAAGAAGUUCAGAGGUGACCAAUCAGAGGACUCCAUGCUGUCCUGAGGGUUGUGAUUGGUUGUCUUGACAACUCAGAGAUAAAACUUGUAGGAUAUUUGUACAUUACAGAUCAAUCACAACGUUCUUGUUUGUUUGUCGCCACGGAGACCACAGCAAUUUCACCUUCAAAGGAAAUAAAUCAAGAUGAAAACAAAUCUGCCAUCAUGACAUGUUCAAAGGUUUCUGUGAUGCAGGGGGCGGAGGCUCUGCAGUAGUGAAAUAGAUAUAAAUUAUUUUUUCCUGUAGCAACAAAAUAUUCAAAAAUAUUUAGCUUUUCUUUUUAUAUAUAUAUAUAUAUACAUAUAUAUAUGUAAAAGUAUGUCAGAAAACAUUUCCACUAGUUUUUUUUCUUUCUGUUGGCAUGUGAUGAUGAUGAAGAUGGCCUGUGGGCCACAGGAAGUGAUUGUUGACAUGUUUGUGAAUAUUCUGACAAUAAAGAUUUUUAGAUAAUUUUUAACAGCUGGCUUGGCAUCUUCAUGAAAGACAACAUCCAUCCAUCGUCUAUGCUGCUUACCCUCACUGGGGUUGUAGGGGUUAUGCUGGAGCCUAUCCCAGCUGACUUUCACACACACACAUACACUAAUAUACUUGGGAAACAGACACCAAAAACAAUGCAUUUGAUCUUCUUAGAUGACUAAGAUAAAUAAAAACUUUAUUGAUCCCACACAGGCGCAAUUCACAUUACAUCAGCUAUAGAGCACAAAGUAAUGCCGAAAAACUAUACACACACAGUAGUGUGUGUAAAGUAACAAUACUGUACUCUUAAAUGAGUGCAGUUGUUAGAUAAUGAAUGUAUUACAUAUUUUAUAUAAGACUACAUUUGUUUCUUGUGCCUUGAUUUGUUAUUUCUGUAAAGUUUUAUU